UUUUGCUCUUUGUCUUCAUAGAAAUCCCCUGAGGAUGGGACCCCCACCAUCUCCAGGGUAACGGGACUCAGCCGCAGGCACGUCGUGUGUUAACCUGCUAUAAUCUGGAUGCCAUUAAUUAAACCGGCGGAGGAAGCAGCUCAGUAACUCGCUGUGUUUACAAGCCGUUCUCUCUCUGUGAUCUCAUGUGCACACACAGACGCCAACCGAAACAAACCUCUCCCAAACGACCCCUGCAUCAUAAGUGUGUUGCAUCAGUGCGUGAAGGCAGCCUCGUUUUGCUGCCACGCAGCCUGCUGGACGGCGUCGGUCAGUGCGCUUUUUACGCGCUCUUAUGCUGCAGCGUGUUUACCAGGAGGAGAGGAGGAGAGUUUGGGAUCCUGACUUCCAGAGCGCAUGUGUCCCCCCGCGGAGAUGGCAGUCGUGAAGAGGAGCCGCUAAACUGGAGUUCCUCUCUUUCUUUAUUUUUCUUUCCCCCCCUGAGGUGUAAGAUGAGAGCCUUUGCACUGAAGCUGGCGAGCUCGGGAAGAUUUGUGAAAGCAACUUUAAUUUUCCAAGCAGAGGAAAUGUCCACAUUUGCGAGUCCGACCAUUCCCUCCUCACAGCUGACCUCGGAUCAGCUCACGGUGCUCGUUGCCUCCUUUUCCUCUCUGGUGUUCUUUUUCGUCGUCAUCGUGCUUCUUUCCAUUAUUUACCGCAAAGAUCCCCAGUGCUGCAAACACGGCUCCUAUCAGGACCCACACGCAGAUAUGGAUGCUCCCCCUCAGUACUACAGCAGCAGACAGACUCUGGUUGGAUCUCCAUGUUUGGAGCAGACUCACAUCCCUGAGGACAGCGUUACCCAGCUGCCGGGUGAGCUAUUCUACGUGGGCCUGCCCUCCAGCUACAGUCUGCCCGCCCUGGAGGCCACCCUGCCGAGGCUUCCCUCCUACGAGAGCGUCCGAAAGAAGGACCGCCAGCGGCAGAUUCACAUGAUGAUCGCAGACCGUUUCGGCCUCAAUGGGCCCAUUGUUACUGAGUCUCCUCCAUCGUACGAAGAGAGCAUCCGCCAGUCUGUGGAGCUGCCGUGCGACAUCCUGCCAUCUGACCAGGAUGUUCCCCUUCCUCAGAGAGCGUACAUGAGCGAGAGCCCAGGUUACACCACAGACAGCACCGUUCUACCUCCUGUAUGAUGCCGAACAAGCCCUCAAGCUGGAGAAAGGCUGCGAAGGGAAGCUGUACCUCAGUUUCUGAAAGAGUUCAACAGAACUUGCUGAUCCAGAUACCUCAAACUGAGCUGGACACCCAACCCAAAGAGGAGCUGCAUCCCAUCUAAUCAGAGGCACAUAUGAAUACUUCAAACAACUGAGCAUUCAAAAACCAAGGUGGCUGGGACAUCUUAACAAAGGAAACUGACCAGAACAAACGAAAACAUUAAUGACAGUGCUGUGGGUGCGGUUCUGCUCGUAAUUAUUAUUAUUAUUAUUUUUUUUUACCAUAAAGCAUAAAGUGAAAACACAUUGUAUGUUUUUUUUAUUUAGAUGUGCAGUAAAGCAGAUAUUUGUUUGUGUAGCCAACCACCAAAGAGGGAAACAAAAGGUGCCAAACAUACAGUUAUUUUCACUUUUAAGAAAGUUGAGCUAAAUGCUCACAAAACACCAUGUUCUCUAUAAAAGAGGGAGGAACAACUCAAACCCGGAGAACAAAUGAACAACAAGGAGCAAAUUUUGCAAAACUCAAUAAAACAACUUAAAGUAACAGUCUGGGAAUCGUCCUCCACAAGUAAAUAAAUGCAAAAUACGAUACGAGCAAAUUUCCCACUGUGCAACAAUAUCUGUUUUUAUUGUGUUCAUUUACCUCAGUGCGCGUUCUUGGCUCGAUUUAAUCUUGAACUCGUCUUGUACCGUAUUUAUUGAAGAACAAUAAUUUCUCUCGUGUUUCUUCUUUGUGGAAACGCAAGAAAUAAGCAGUUUUACUAUUUUGUUGAUGGGCUGUCAUAAUUUAAGUUUCUUAUGAUUAACAGAGAAUAAAGAAAACCCAUGUGCACAACAAA